UCAUGAGACACGAGCACUGAGGGACUUUGCAGGACCACAGGUUUGUCGUGAUGGAAGUAAAGGUGUUGGUGAAUGGCCGUCCUCGAGUCGUCUGUGGCCUUACAAAAGACACCACUUGCCAGGAUGUGGUCAUUGCAUUGGCUCAAGCUCUAGGUCAGCCAGGACGCUACACAUUACGGGAGAAGUUCAAAGAUUUUGAGCGGUGCAUGACUCCGAGUGAGCACAUUCUGGAGACACUGGAGAGGUAUGGAGAGCUCUCCCGAGAUGUCCAGCUCACUUUGAUCCUCAAUGGACCUGCAGGCUGUGAUCCAGUGUGCCAAGGCAAAAUGGGAAAAUAUCAACCAUACCAAGCACUUAGAAGGAAAGACCCUGGCUCCAAACUCUGGCGGGGAAGCAGUUCUCUGAGUCUGCACCGACAAAGUUUACCCCCUCUGGAUGAAAAGAAAGUAGAGGAUGUGAAAAGGCCUAAAAGAAAAUCACUGACCAUCAUGGAGGAGGCUUGGGAGUGGCUGGAAAACCUGGGCAAAGGGAAGGUGUACAGAACAGCAAGUGAAAAAGAUAUUUGCAAGAAAUGUGAUAAAAUGAACCGGACAUCUUUAGAAGUUACUUUAGCAUUUCGCAAAGAUGGGACAGGCCGAAACAGCAAGGACAAAGUUAAGAAUGACAAAGUUAGUGCAGACUUGGACAAGCAAACCUCUUGCUGCAUAAGGAGUCAACCUGAAGAAACAGCAAAAGUGUGCAGGUACUCAGAAACUAAAAUCCAAGAGCUGACAACUAUGGUGAUAGAGGAUGAGAAAAUUAGACUCAUUGAAAAUAUAUUAAGUCAAAGAAGCAGUUUGGAAGAUCUUAAAAUACAGAUCGCAAAUGUGGACAGACAGAUUUUUGAGUUGGAGGAACGGCAAAGACUGAGAAAAGAUGAGGAGGACACUAAGCAGAAGGCUAGAGAAGAAGAACUGGAGCAAAUUCUGUUUUGGGAGAACGAACUCAAAGCAGAAGCAGGCCAUGAGAAAGAUUUGCAAAAACAGUUCUUGGAAAUCAAAGAGAGUGUGAUGGAGUGCAAGGCAAAAAUACAAGGGAUGGAUUUUGGUGGUGCUCAGCUAACUCCAAAAAUAAGCUGUGCAAAUGAUCUAGAAUUGGCCAAAGAGCUAAAUAAAGUUGAAAGUGUGUGUAGUCAUGUGGCUCCAAACAGGAAGUCUCAGUGCGGAGAAGAAGGCAGUCCUCCUCACGCUCUGUUGGCUCCAUCUCAGAUAAAGGAGAGAAGGCUCACAGGGCCCACGGAGCUGAGGGAGUGGUGGACACGCUGGUCACAAGCUCAAAAGACUCAAAAUAAGGUCAUACACCGGUCAGAGCUCACCAUCUAUCUGCGUAGUACCAAAGUCUAA